CUUGUACUUCAUCCCUUUGACUCAAUUGUCCUUUAGUUUUCCUUUCGCCGGCAGGAUCAGCUGAGCUGGACCAUAACGACAUAGAACGACAGGCACACGUAGACCGUCCAGUCCUCUCACCUCUUUCAUAAUGAUCUCUUCAACAAUCCGCGUUGCGGCGCUCCGUGCACGACCGCCGCACUUUCUUCGGUAUGUUUCAGUGGGCAGGAACAGGAACAUAUCCCACACAAUAACCUCACAAUAUCCUACAAACACUUUAACAUCGAGUCAGGCAAGAGAUAACUCUGCUCUUGUAGAAACGGAGAAAGUUAAACCAGGUCAUGCUGUCAUUUCCACAUUCGAUUUGUUCAGCAUUGGUGUGGGCCCAAGCAGCUCUCACACAGUUGGGCCCAUGCGCGCUGGCAAGAUUUUCAUUGCUGACCUGCAGGAGUUGCAAAUGUUGGACAAGGUACGUGCUUUCGCUCUCUACCUCAAAUACGUUCGAAUGAACCUGCAUCACACUCCGCAGGCGAUCCUCCUCGGGCUUGAAGGUUCAGACCCUGAAACUAUUGACACGGGUACAAUUUCUUCCCGUUACGAGGCUGUACUCGCAAAUAGAACUCUUCAUCUUGGAGGUAUUCGCCGCAUUACCUUUGACAUGGACCGUGAUAUGCUGUGGCGGUGGGAUCAAGUACUCAAGACGCACCCGAAUGGGAUGCGUUUCUCGUGCUUUGGCGAAGAAGGCGAACUCUUGGCAACUAACGAAUACUACAGCGUUGGAGGGGGAUUUGUAGUAAAUGAGAAGACAAAGAUAGACGAGAAUUUAUUUUACAAGGGUGUCGACAAGAGCGCGGUGCAUGGAGCAAGGUUGCAUCAGACCCACAACGCUGUCGAAGGAGAUCAGACUCCAGCUCAACCAGCAGCGAAUGAUCCUGGACAUCCGCCGUACCCGUUUGAUUCUGGAAACAGCCUCUUAACGCUUACGAGAAAACACAACCUCACUAUCGCACAAAUCGUAUAUGAUAAUGAACGCUAUUUUGGUCUAUCCGAGGCCGAUAUCAACGACAAGCUCAUGCGGAUAUGGGCGGUCAUGGACGAUUGCAUCCGGUCAGGGGUGAGUACCGCUGAGAAGACUCUCCCCGGUCGUUUGGGUCUCCGACGCCGCGCCCCGAUGCUGUACAAACGCUUGAUGCGAGGGUUCUAUCCGGGGAUUGCAACACUCGAUUUGCAGCUCAUCGGUUCCGCAUCCGCCGCAUCUGCCGGGGCAAUAAAUGCGCCAGAAUCAGACACACAAUUUUCGUCUUAUGCGGACGGAAGUGACGGAUGUGGUGAAGUAAGUGCAUCAGGAAAGAUGCCGCGCGCCCCAUGGGUCACGGGCUCGUUCGAUCAUGCAAUUCUGCCAAUGCCUCCGCGUAAGACAAUGAUACCGGCUGUCGAUUUCCUUUCUUGUUACGCAAUCGCUGUAAACGAGGUCAACGCCAGUGGGGGGCGCAUUGUCACCUCACCAACAAAUGGUGCGGCGGGUGUCAUCCCUGCUGUGCUGAAGUAUGUCAUCGAAUUCAUCAGCGAUGACCCCGAGAAGUCGAUCAAGACCUUCUUACUGACCGCAGCAGCAGUGGGCAUGCUAUUCAAGAGGGGCAGUACAAUUUCAGCUGCGGAAGGAGGGUGCCAAGCGGAAGUCGGUGUUGCGUGUUCAAUGGCCAGUGCUGGUUUUGCUGCCUGCAUGGGUGCGUCACCCGAAACUGUCCUUCAGGCUGCGGAAAUUGGCAUUGAGCAUAAUCUGGGAUUAACUUGUGACCCCAUCGACGGGCUGGUCCAGGUGCCUUGUAUUGAACGAAAUAGCCUAGGUGCUGUGAAAGCCGUGACCGCAGCUCAGCUUUCCAUGGCUAGCACCGGUGUAUACCGUGUAACCUUGGACGAGGCAAUCGAGGCAAUGCGCCUCACCGCGGCUGAUAUGAGCGUCAAAUACAAAGAAACCAGUCUAUCCACAACUGUGAAAAUUCCGCUGACUGUGCCUGCUUGCUAAAACAAUCGGCUUGCUAAUCGGGUCGUUCCUAACCAACCAUGAUGACUGGACUUUGUUCUUUGGUGAAUCAUCGUUGGAGAUACCUACUUUUUAGAAUACGGACGGUCUGGAUUUCACAGGCAUCAACCUGCUUCUGGCUCCAAGAUGACUCAGUAAUUUUUAUUCGUGCAUAUACCUUGAAUAAUACCUACAUUUUGAAUUGUCAUAGAUUUUGACAGGGCUCUGCAGGUGAUCGCUUUGUUGCACCGAAUCCAUAGUGAGGUCCUUAAGUCAUAUACUUAUCGCAACUUGCCAGUGUGAUUGAUGGGACACGCUGC